AGAGAGAGGGAGAGAGAAAGAGAGAGAGAGAGAGAGAGGGCGCGUGCAGUGAGUGCAUGGAAACACCAAAAAGGUUGCAGAGCAAUAAAGAAAGCAAAAAGGGGAACCAAAAUCUAUCCAGCCAGACAGAAAGUUUAGGAGCGGAAGCGAAGAAUCUACGGAGCAAUCCACUGGUUCUGGCAAUACGAGGAGAUCGCCGCUUGAUUCCAAUUCGAGCGGUGUAAGCUCCGCUGAAAAUGGCGGAGCUUUUGGCAGCAUUCCUCCUCAGCUAGGGUUUUUGGGGAGGUUUGAAGUGACGCAUCCGGUUUUUGCUACUGGUGGAUCGGCAGGGGGGGGGGGGGGGGAGGGGUGUGGAGAUUGAAGAAGUAGAUGAGAGGUAGAGAGAGGAAAGGCGGCGAUGGAGCGAGCAAUCGCUGUUUCGGUUCUUGUGUCGUUGCUAAUGGCGUUUCAUCCCCUGAAGAUGAUCUCUGCUAAUAUGGAAGGUGAUGCUUUGCAUAGCCUAAGAUCCAACUUAGAAGAUCCUAACAGUGUUCUACAAAGUUGGGAUCCCACCCUUGUGAAUCCUUGCACAUGGUUUCAUGUUACGUGCAACAAUGAAAACAGUGUUAUAAGAGUUGAUCUCGGAAAUGCAGAACUGUCUGGUCAAUUGGUCCCUCAGCUUGGCCAGCUGAAAAAUUUGCAGUACCUGGAGCUUUAUAGCAACAAAAUCACUGGACCAAUUCCUAGUGAUAUUGGGAAUUUGACAAAUUUGGUGAGCUUGGAUCUGUACUUGAACAGUUUCACUGGUCCUAUACCUGACUCACUGGGCAAGCUGACAAAACUGAGAUUCCUCCGGCUCAACAACAACAGCCUGUCUGGUAACAUCCCAAUGUCCCUGACUAAUAUAACAGCAUUGCAAGUACUUGAUUUGUCAAAUAAUCAUUUAUCAGGACCUGUCCCAGACAAUGGUUCAUUUUCAUUGUUCACUCCCAUCAGUUUUGCUAAUAACUUAAAUCUAUGUGGACCUGUUACUGGGAAGCCUUGCCCUGGAUCUCCACCAUUUGCCCCUCCUCCUCCAUUUGUUCAACCAACAAUUUCUUCUCCAGGAGGGUAUAGUGCUACUGGAGCAAUUGCUGGAGGUGUAGCUGCUGGUGCUGCCUUAUUAUUUGCUGCCCCUGCCAUUGGAUUUGCAUGGUGGCGGCGAAGGAAACCUCAAGAAUAUUUCUUUGAUGUACCUGCCGAAGAGGAUCCAGAAGUCCAAUUGGGACAGCUCAAGAGGUUUUCUUUGAGAGAAUUGCAUGUUGCAACUGAUGGCUUUAGCAACAAAAACAUUCUUGGAAGGGGUGGAUUUGGUAAGGUGUACAGGGGACGUCUUGCUGAUGGUUCUCUAGUGGCAGUGAAAAGACUUAAAGAGGAACGAACGCCAGGAGGGGAGUUGCAGUUCCAAACAGAAGUGGAAAUGAUCAGCAUGGCUGUGCAUCGAAAUCUUUUGCGACUACGUGGGUUUUGCAUGACACCGUCAGAGCGAAUACUUGUUUAUCCUUACAUGGCAAAUGGAAGUGUUGUGUCAUGUUUGAGAGAACGCCAACCAUCUGAACCACCACUUGAUUGGCCAACCAGGAAGAGAAUUGCACUGGGAUCUGCAAGAGGGCUUUCUUAUUUGCAUGAUCACUGUGACCCAAAGAUCAUUCAUCGUGAUGUGAAAGCAGCAAACAUUUUGUUGGAUGAGGAAUUUGAGGCUGUUGUUGGUGAUUUUGGAUUGGCUAAACUAAUGGAUUAUAAAGAUACCCAUGUUACAACUGCAGUACGUGGCACCAUUGGACAUAUAGCUCCUGAAUAUCUGUCUACAGGAAAAUCAUCAGAGAAGACUGAUGUAUUUGGUUAUGGAAUUAUGUUGUUAGAACUCAUCACAGGACAAAGGGCAUUUGACCUUUCUCGGCUAGCAAACGAUGAUGAUGUUAUGCUGCUAGACUGGGUUAAAGGUCUCUUAAAAGAGAAAAAGCUAGAAAUGCUAGUAGAUCCAGAUUUGCAGAACAAUUAUAUUGAAGCUGAAGUUCAGCAGCUAAUCCAAGUAGCCCUACUCUGCACCCAAGGAUCUCCAAUGGAUCGGCCUAAGAUGUCUGAGGUUGUCAGAAUGCUUGAAGGUGAUGGUUUGGCUGAAAAAUGGGAGGAAUGGCAGAAGGUGGAGGUAGUCCGCCAGGAGGUUGAACUGACUGCACCUCGAAGUUCUGAAUGGAUUCUUGACUCAACUAACAAUCUCCAUGCUGUUGAGCUGUCUGGACCAAGAUGACUUAGAUAAUGAAAUUAUUCACAUUUAUUUAUUUUUCCUUGUGGUGCACUUGGCAUUCUCCUGUGAGCCCGAAGUGUAUUCAGCUUGUAUUAAUUAGGAUUUGUGCAUAUGCAUCUUCUUGUGACAAAUGAGCUCGCAUUUCUUAAUGAUGUUGUAAUGUUUCAGAGUUUGUGCAGUCUGUAAUUUUCAACUUUUGUAGCUGCUUGGUCAAUCUAGAGAAUCAGAAGAAGCAUAUCCGUGUAUCUCAUGUUUUAUGCACCCUUAUUGGUCUGUAUUCUUUACAGUGUUCAUAUUCUAGGAUCAAGAUAUUGCCGAUGUAUUCAUUUUGACAAAGCAUUCUGAUUCUCUUGAAGGGCAUAGUUCUGUUUUUGAGAAA